AUGAAUUUGGGGAAAAAGGACCGCUCCACCUCUGCUUCUGGCAAGCUUGAGACUCAGAAUGUUCCCAGCAUUUCGAAUGAGCUGGGAUGUGGAGUUGCGAAUGACCAGCAGCCUUGGGGAACACCCACAUGGCCAGAUGCACCAAGAAAGAAGGGGCCUCUUGAUGGCCAAGCCACCUUCCAGCCACAAGAUCCAGAUGGCAAGGGAUGCUACCCUGAGUGGUUGGAGCGAGAAAUCUUAAAGCUUGGCCACCGCUCACAUUCAGUUGACCUUGGUGAUGUUACCUCAUUGACUGACAGACAACACUGUAGUAUGGAUUCCAUGCGUAGCCUCUAUGAGCAGAAGCCUUCAGAAUUAAAAAAUUGGCUGAUUGAACAGAAAGUAUCUCUAGAGAACCUAACGAACCUCAAGAUGGCUUUUGAGGAACUUGAAAAUGAUGGUAGAAAAUCUCUGGACGUGACAAAUUUCAAGCGGAUCGUCAAGAAUUGCUUGGGAUUACAUGGUGUAAGAUGCUUGUUAGAAUAUUACAAUGACCAGAUUCAGGAGCUCUUCAUGAAGAUCGAUUACUUAGGAAAUGGACAAAUCAAAUGGGACCAGUUCUGCACCUUCAUGCAGCUGGAAUAUACAGAGAAGGACGAGUCCCUUUCCCGCAGUAAGAGCUUGGCCUUCACCCUUCCUGCCUCUGUUGUGACCAUGUCUCACAGUCAGCCAGUUCUCAGGAUUCUCUGCAACCAAGAUAGUACUGUGAUCACAAUCCGGGAGAACGGGGAGGUCAGCUACUGGAGCCCUGAACUCCAGAUAAGGAAGAGCAAGGUGGUGUUUCAAGAAAGACCAGUGAAUCAGAAGUCAAAAUGGGCGACUGAUUUUGUCAUAAUGCCACAGUACAACAAGCUGAUCGUCGGAACUGGGGACCGUGAGAUCCAGCUCUAUGAAAUUUCUUCCCUGGAGCCUUACUGCCAGGUGAGCGCCCUGGAGACUGUGCCUCUGACAAUGGACUACUGCUACACUGGCCACGAUGAAUGCGUGAUCCUGUUUGGAGAUGCCCUGGGCUGUGUGAAUAUUAUGAUAAUGACCCUUGUUGGGGAGACUCUGAGAACAUGGAAGAAGUUACCAAAAGUAGAGAAGAUGCCCAGCGUGGCCCUUGACCAGGCGCUCUUAUCUCCCGCUGUGAAACUCAUCCAGUGGAAGGUCCAUGAGGACUGGGUGAAUGAGGUGAAGUACUUCAAAAGCAUUCAUGCUAUUAUAUCCACUUCCAGCCAUGAGCAUACUGCCCUGGUGAUAGGAUGCAUGAUACCGAUGAGCAACUUGAAGGAGCGGAAGACCUGGGAGGGUAAGACCAAGAAAGCAGGUCCCAGCCCAGGCAUCCCCCAGCAAAGGAUAGCCUGGGACCAUACCGUGUUCUCCAUCUACAAAGGUGUGAAGACCUUUGACUUCAGCCACAAGCACCGACUCCUUAUCACUGGGGGGUUGGACAGGUUGAUACGCAUGUGGAACCCGUAUAUGCCCAGCAAGCCCACAGGUAUCCUGAAAGGCCACAGUGCUCCCAUCUUCUACCUGUGCAUCCCCCCAGAGGACAGCCGCAUCUUCUCUGUCUCAAUGGACAACACCGUCAAGAUCUGGGACAUCCACGACCAGCGGUGCAUGUUCACUGCACACCCCAAAGCGAGCCUGCUCCGGGGGGACCUGACUGCUUGUAUGUAUGUCCAGUCAAUCAGAUCCCUCUAUGUUGGCACAGACUCCAUGGCUCGGCUCUCCCUUCAGACACGGCCACUCCUCCCCAGUCGCCUGGUUGUGUCCCACCGGGAACCAGUACUGUGCUGCAGGUACAGUGAAGUGUUCCGUCAGGUUGUCAGCGGCAGCGAGGGAUCUGUAGUGAAAGUGUGGGACAUUGAUACAGGAAUGCAAGUUUUUGAGUUUGGGGGUGCUCAUGGAUUAUCUGCUGUUGCCUGUAUGACCAUUGACCCCAAGGGAAGGAGACUUGUUACUGGAGGAAGGGAUGGAUGCCUGAAAGUCUGGAAUUUUAACAAUGGCCAUUGUCUAAAGAUAUUCAAGAAAGAGGGUGAGGAUGAUGAAGUAUGUGACUGCACCUACCUGACAGUCAACAGGAAGUCAUACGUGGUGUCCGUUGGGUGGGGCCGAAGAGUCAAUGUCUACAUUGAUUCUCCAGACGAUGACCUCCACCACAUCCAGAACCCACAGCCCCCAUGGCCAGAUGACCUGAGGCAUGGCCACCAAGAUGACAUCCUCUGUGUUGCAGAGUGUCCACCUUCGCUGUUAGCCAGUGGCAGCCAUGAUGGAGAAGUCAUUGUGUGGAAUUUGGUUUCUGGACACUUACAGUGCCGUUUCCUCACCCCGCUCCCUCCGGACCAAGGUACUGGACCAUUCUAUGUCGAUCGAAGUGUAUUGAGCAUCAUAUUCCUACGGAGUCGAACAAUGAAUGUCAAACACACGACUGCUGCUUGUCUGGUGUCCUCUGGCCACAGAGGUUACCUCAAUUUUUGGAACAUCCAAACUGGAGGGAAGUUCUUGGCAAGCUUUGAAGCGUCCAAAAUGAAACGCAAGGUUACAAAACUGGUUGCAGCAAGAGAGGACACUCUGCUCUACGUGGCAGAUGAAGUUGGCUACAUCUACGUUUUUGAUAUUAAGGCAUAUGCGCUUGGGCCAGAGCCAGAAGAUAAGGGACCUAAAAUGGUUAACUACUGGCGCGCACAUAUCAGCACCAUCACAAGCUUGCAGGCUGUCGACUCUGACCGGGUGUUGCUCACAGCCUCCACUGACUGCACGGUUCGCCUGUGGAGCAUUCAUGGGGAGUUCAUAGGGACAUUUGGGCAGUCUGAAAGCUGGAGUGUCCAUACACCAGCCUCAUGGAAGCAUCCUGCAGUCCCGUAUGAGAUCCUGAUUGACUCCUUAAGCAUGCCUACUCAUCCAGUGUUGGAAAAGUACAGCCUGGACACCAGGACAAAGGCCAGGGAAGAUGACCUAAAUGCUGAUGCACACAGCAAGCUGCGAUAUCAUCCACUCACCAUCACCGACAGGGACAUUGAGGAAGAGAUUAACAGUCUCUCCUACCCAUUGGAGCCUGGGAAGCGCCUAAGGCAUGAAAUUUUCAAGCACACCACCAAGCUGCCAAGCCACAGAGGACCCAAAGUGUACCAGUCCUUGAAGUAUUUUGAGCUUGGUGAUGCCCCAACCACCUGCAUGAGACCUGAUCUCUCUCUUGCUGGGAUUGAUCCUUUCAUAUCCAGUAGUGCAGAAGAAUUGCCUGAGGAAUCCCAGUGA